AUGCCACCUAGUCGGCUGGACUCUGUUUACCGAAGAAUAUUGUUGACUAAAUUUUUCACUAAAGGUUGGGGCAAUCCUGAAAGUUUGAGAAGGAUUUUUGAAUUUAGAAAAGUUGUUGCUAAUCGAGAAGCUUGUUAUAAUCUUAUACCUCGAGACUAUCCAAUUACAGUAACCAAGGAUGAAGAAUGGUCUGACUAUCACAUAAUCGAAGGAAAUUUUGAAUCACCAUUUGAACAACAUUUACCAAAUAUAAUGCCCGAGGAAACAAAAACUUCAUACUUUCAACUAAUACUACCUCUAAAGUGGACUUCUCACAAAAUAAAACCCGUCUGUUUGCAUCUUGCAGGAACUGGAGACCACUACUUUUGGCGCAGACGGAAUCUAAUUGCUAAACCAUUGCUAAAAGAAUCUGGAAUCGGAUCAUUGUUGCUUGAAAAUCCAUUUUAUGGCUUGAGAAAACCUAAAGAUCAAAUUCGCUCCAAUUUGCUAAAUGUGUCGGAUAUUUUUAUUAUGGGAGGUUGUUUGAUAAUGGAGUGCAUCGUUCUGCUGAAUUGGUGCGAGCAAAAUGGAUUAGGACCCCUUGGCUUGACGGGACUUUCUAUGGGCGGUCAUAUGGCUUCGCUAGCAGCUACAAAUUGGCCAAAACCAAUUUCACUAGUCCCCUGCUUGUCUUGGUCCACAGCUUCUCCAGUUUUUACCCAAGGAGUGAUGGCUAAUUCUAUAAAUUGGUCGCUUUUACAGUCGCAAUAUUUUUCUGAUACUAUGUAUCAACAUGAUUUGGCUAAAAUGGUUAAAAUAAUUGAUCAGGAUGAUGCAUUCUUAGCCGGUCAACAUUUCGCUCAACAUUUUCCUGCGAGCGUAAGAAGAAUGUGCGAGCUUACAGACGAUCUUAAAAAAAAUUCGGAUAAAAAUCAAGACAAUAAUAUAAUAAAGCGCGCAAGUUUCGACGUAACAGACGAAUCGGCAGCGGUUGAAAAAGCAGCUGCUAAAAUGUUUCCUCUGAAUCUUAUAUCAAAACGAUUCAAACCUUCAGAGCCUGAAUUAAUGGACGAUGUCUGUAUGCUUCCUGCCGAAAAAAAUAAUGGAACAGAUAAACGUCGCGAACAGGAAGCGCUCCAAUUUAUGCGUGGUAUAAUGGACGAGUGUACCCAUUUACGUAACUUCGAAGUACCUGUUGAUACUAAUUUAAUAAUAGCCGUCUGCGCUAAAGACGACGCUUAUGUUCCGCGUGACAAUUGUAUGAGCUUGGAAAAAAUUUGGCCUGGAGCUGAAGUCCGUUUUAUUGACGCUGGCCAUGUUAGCGCUUAUUUGCUUCAUCAGAAACAAUUUAGGUAA